GGGCGGAGUAGCGGGGUGCCGGAGCCGGCAAGCGCUGGACCGCCGGCUUUAUGUUUCCUGUAGCAGGUGGUAUCGGCCCACCAGGAGGUAUGAUUCCUAUUCAACAGCCAGGAUUUCCGAUGGUAUCUGUCAUGCAAUCUAAUAUGCCAGGCAUGAUGGGAAUGAAUUACGGCUCUCAGAUGUCUCCUGGACCGAUGAACAUGCAGGGUGGCAUGCCCCUUGGGGCUAUGCAAGCAACUGGAAUGUCUUUUAUGGGACAGGCUUCUUUCUUAGGAAUGCGCCCAGCAGCUCCACAAUACACCCCCGACAUGCAGAAACAAUUUGCAGAAGAGCAACAAAAAAGGUUUGAACACCAGCAAAAAUUCUUAGAAGAAGAGAGAAAACGACGCCAAUUUGAAGAGCAGAAACAAAAGCUGAAACUCUUGAGCAGUGUGAAACCAAAGACAGGUGAGAAGAGCAGAGAUGAUGCUUUGGAAGCUAUUAAGGGAAACUUAGAUGGGUUUUCAAGAGAUGCUAAAAUGCAUCCCACUCCAGCAUCACAUCCAAAAAAACCAGAUCACCCUAUGCCAUCACAUUCUACUGUAUCUGUCUCCCAACCCUCUGCUUUUCUUGAUGAUGAAGAAUUUAGUGAAUUUAUACAAGGGUCUGUUGAAACCCCACCAUUGGUGCCUCAGUCCUCUUUUCAGUCUUACCAUCCUACCACCCAGGCUCGGCAACUGCUUUCAGAAAAGGCUCUAGUCAAACCUCUGCCUUCAGUCCAGAUUCCAGUAUCUUCUAUCCUGCAUGAUACCAUUGGGCAGGUUCCUUAUUUCUCUACCUCUACAUCUUCGCACAAAACCCAUAAAACAGGCCAUUCCUUGGAGGACUCGCUCUUAAUUUAUGAUUUAAGUGCAUCUGGACAGGAGCAAACCAAACUUAAAACAUCUGAAAUUGAGCAUAAAGCCUCAGCUGCAAGCCAAGUUCAUCCCAGUGUAACCGUGAAUAACGGGAAUGCUGUAGGUGGACUUGUAAGUGGUACCACCGCUGCAGAGGUGUACAAGGCUUCACAACAAAACAUAGCAGUUGAAGAGUGUGGUGUUGGAGUAUUCCCUUCCCAAGAUCCAAUCCAGCAAAUGAUGCCACCUUGGAUUUACAAUGAAAACUUGGCUCCAGAUUUGUAUAAGAAAAUUUUAGAAACCACUAUGACUCCUACUGGAAUAAAUACUGCUAAACUCUAUCCCAUUCUGAUGUCAUCUGGACUUCCCAGGGAGACCCUUGGACAAAUAUGGGCCUUGACCAAUCGUACCACACCUGGAAAACUUACUAAAGAAGAGCUUUAUACUGUCCUGGCUAUGAUAGCAGUAACUCAGAGAGGAGUACCUGCAGUGAGUCCUGAUGUUUUAAACCAAUUUCCAACUGCUCCUGUCCCUACUUUAAGUGGAUAUCCAAUUUCAUUGCCUGCCACAGUGAAUCAACAGCCUAUGAGGCCCUCUGGACCACCAGUCUCCAUGCCUCUUAAUAUUGGACAGGCAGUCAUAGGAGUGAACAUAACUCCACCAGUGGGUGGAGCUGCAGCACAGGUUUCUAGUGGUUUCAUGCCAUCUUACCCCACAAACCAGGUAGUUAAACCAGAAGAUGAUGACUUCCAGGAUUUUCAGGAUGCUUCAAAGUCUGGCUCACUCGACGAAUCUUUCUCUGAUUUCCAAGGGGAGGGACCUGGAUCCUCCAAAGCAACCAGUUCUCAGCACUGGAGCAGUGUUCCUUCUUUGCUGAUUCCACUCCCUGGCACUAAAACACCUUCCUCAACGGAUAAAUAUGCUGUGUUUAAAGGAAUUGCAGUUGAAAAGCCUUCUGAAAGUGCAGCUAUGUUUGCAGAUUAUGGAGACAAAUACAGUGCUUUCCGAGAGUUAGAACAACCAUCAGAGAGUAAAUACUUAGGAGAUAGCUUCGCAGAAUUCAAAUCUGCAGGAACCGAUGAUGAUUUCACAGAUUUUAAAACCGCUGACAGCAUCUCGCCACUAGACCCACCUACAAAAGAGAGAACUUUCCCUGCAUCCUUCCCCUCUCUACCUGCACAGCUAAAACAACAAACACAAGCAAAAACCUCUCUGAAUCUGGCAGACCUAGAUCUCUUUUCCUCCACUGGAGAGAACAAACAACUUUCAUUUCCAGCUGCAUUUAGUUCAUCAAAAUCAACCUCUUUCCCUGCAGCACCACCUCCAACAUCUGCUGCUGCCCCUCCACCAGCACCCAGUAAAAGCUCGAGCUUGGCUGAUGACUUUGGAGAAUUCAAUCUUUUGGGGGGAUUGUCUAAUUGUGUAUCAGUUGGGGGACAAGAUGACUUUGCAGAUUUUAUGGCUUUCAAUAAUAGCAGUGGCUUUUCUGAACAAAAAAUGGAUGACAAAUACAAAGCUGUUAAGCAAGAGGCUAAUCCUGUUCCUCCAGCUGGCUCCUCUCUCAGUGCAAUGAAAAGUGGGCAGAAUUCUGGCGCUGCUGCUCCCACCAAAUAUGAUAUCUUUAAACAGCUUUCUCUGGAGGGCUCUGGAACAGGUGUUGAGGAACUGAAAGACAGCACCCCUUCAGUGAAAAGUGAUGAUGACUUUUCCGACUUCCACUCUAACAAGUUUUCUUCCGUGUGUAGUAACAUGGAUAAAUCCCUGGUAGACAAAGUGGCAGCUUUCAAGCAUGCCAAGGAAGACUCUGCUUCUGUCAAGUCUCUGGAUCUCCCCUCCAUCGGGGGCAGCAGUGUCGGCAAGGAGGAUUCUGAAGAUGCGCUCUCUGUUCAGUUUGACAUGAAACUGGCCGAUGUGGGAGGAGAUCUUAAGCAUGUCAUGUCUGAUAGCUCUUUGGAUUUGCCAACAGUUAGUGGCCAGCAUCCGCCAGCAGCAGAUAUAGAUGACUUAAAAUGUGCUCCCUUUGGAAACUAUAACAGUGGCUCCGCAGUAAGCAGCCUUGCAAGCUAUGACUGGUCUGACACAGAAGACAUUCAUCAGAGCAGGAAGCUCUCUUCCUUUGUCCUUUCUUCAGGAAGUGGAGUCUCUUCAGCUACUUCAGUUCUUCAGAAGAAGGAGACUUUGUUUGGCAGUUCAGAAAACAUUACCAUGACAACAGUUUCCAAAGUGACAACCUUUUCUACUGAUGAUGUUCUACAGGAUGUCAAAUUUGCAGCCUUCGCAAACUUUAAAGAUCCUGGUCCCAGGUCCAGCUGUCAAAGUGAUGAUGAGAUUGAAGGCUUCGGAGAGUUCUCAAGACCUUUGUCAGAAGCGAAGGAGUCAGCAACAGUUGACGCAAGCCCAGAGGUUGACUUAGCUACCGAUGGUAUCUUACCUGAAAUGGCAAAAGAAUGCAUGGAUGACUUCGGAGAAUUCCAAAGCGAAAAGCCAAAAAUCAGCAAAUUUGACUUCUUGGUGGCAACUUCUCAAGGCAAGAUAAAAUCUAGUGAAGAAAUGAUCAAGAGUGAGCUUGCUACCUUUGACCUCUCUGUUCAAGGGUCUCACAAAAGGAGCUUCAGUCUGGGUGACAGAGAAAUAAGCCGUUCCUCUCCUUCACCAGCUUUGGAGCAACCAUUUAGAGAUCGCUCAAAUACUUUGAGUGAGAAGCCUGCUUUGCCUGUCAUCAGAGACAAAUAUAAAGAUCUAACUGGGGAGGUAGAGGAAAGCGAGAGGUAUGCAUAUGAGUGGCAGAGAUGUUUGGAAAGUGCCCUACAAGUCAUUAAGAAGGCAAAUGAUACCCUAAAUGGAAUCAGUAGUUCAUCUGUUUGCACUGAAGUAAUCCAGUCAGCACAAGGCAUGGAAUAUUUAUUAGGGGUUGUUGAGGUCUACAGAGUAACAAAACGAGUUGAACUGGGUAUCAAGGCCACCGCAGUGUGUAGUGAGAAACUCCAACAGUUGCUAAAGGACAUCGAUAAAGUAUGGAACAACCUAAUAAGCUUCAUGUCACUUGCAGCUUUAACGCCAGAUGAAAACUCAUUGGAUUUCUCUUCUUGUAUGCUGCGUCCAGGGAUUAAAAAUGCCCAAGACCUCGCCUGUGGGGUGUGCCUCUUGAAUGUGGAUUCUAGAAGUAAAAAAGAAGAGAAACCUGUGGAAGAGCAUCCUAGCAAAGCUUUUAAUUCAGAAACAGAUCAUUUCAAACUGGCUUAUGGAGGGCACCAGUACCAUGCAAGCUGUGCAAACUUCUGGAUCAACUGUGUGGAGCCGAAACCUCCAGGCCUCAUUUUGCCAGACCUGCUUUGAAAGGACUUAUGCUGAAGGAGAGAUCACGUCAGUCAAUGACAAGACCUGGUCUUGAUGGUGGUGAUGUAGGGGAAUAAACACUGAAGGCUUUUUUGGGCAGUGGUUAGAGUAGUGAAAUGUUCAUUUCUGCAUUUCUUCUGUACUGCAAUAGGUCAAAACCACUCUCUCAUACGAGUUCCCAUGAAGAAUUUCACUGGAAGGUUCAAGCCAUCAUUGGGGUUUUCAGAAAUCAUCAGAGAAUUUUGCACUGUGGCAUUUCAAUCUCUCUCUCAAGCUGAAAUUGGUGAGCACUUUUUGAGACGUAGCAACUCAUUGCGGUAAUCAAGGUAAAUUGACGCAUGAGGUGGAAUAGGUCUUACCAUUUCAAGAAAGAGAUGAAAUACUAGGCUGUGUGCAUUUAAACUGAAACAGCCCCUUAACCAAAUGCGUGAAAUGUGUAUUUGCUAACUGUUCUUUCCUCUAAUUUUAAUUUAUGAAACCAGAGUGGUGUUUUUUCUUAGAUAUUUGCUCCUACAGUAUUACAAUGCACAAGAAGUGACAGUAAUGUUCAAGGAGAAGUAAGUUAUUGACCUAGAAGGAAUUGGAUUGUUAGGUUGCAAUGAGCCAUUGUUUAUUUAUAGAAUUAUUGUUCUGUAUUACAGAAUACAUUUUAUUCAUACAUUUAGUGGUUUAGUAUUGGGAGAAGAAACUGGGAUAAAAAUCAUUGUAUCUAAAUUUUUCGUACCAUAUCUAGGCUUCAGUACAGGCAGCUGGAUUUUAAAACUUGCAAUCUCUUCUACUUUGAUGUAAAUACUAGACCAAUCUUUUUCCCCUUUACUGGACUUGUCCCACAACUGCAGACUUAAGGGAAUGUACUUUCAAAAUGAUGUAUUAUGCAUUUAACCCUCGGCGCUUUAUUUUGUAAUCAUAUAAGUAAGUUGCUGCACAUCAUGUUGAAAAUCAUACCCCACUAAUAUCAAAUGCCCACUCCUGUAUAUUUCACUACACAUUUAUGGUGUAUAAAAAUGCUUUUCUUGAUGGGACUCCUGUGCAUAUCUCAUGCAAUUUAAUGUUGUCCAUCAAGGCUCGCUUUUUCCCAGACUCCCAGAACUGAUGGCACUGGUUGCCUUUGAGUUCAUAGUUCAGACAGAUAUUAGCUUUUUCACACUGGAAUUCGAGAUUUCCCAGCAGACUGCACAAAUGCGAAAUACAUGGGUGCUUUUGGCCGGUGCUGCUGUCUGGAUAGUAAGAGAUUGAUGUAUCCGGCUGUCACAUGAUGUUACUCACAAAUCUAGAUGUAUAAGAUUCUUUCUUUAGAUACAACAUCCAGAUGACUGUGCAGAAUACAAAAAUAGAAUAUUUUUACUGUGAAGACAACUUCCCAGUUCAGAAAGAACAUAACAGUGCUUGAACUUCUGAAUUACUCAUUGCUUUACAGAAUUUUUAACCCAAUGGAAAUGUGCUUUUG